CCACCUUCUACCUCCGCAGUCAGUAGCGCGCUUUAUUACACCGAGCUCACCACUACCACCGUCAUGUAGCCGUUUAUACCAAGAGCUCAGUCGCUCACCCACCCACAGCCCCUCGAUCGCGUUACUUACUGUCCCGGCACCAUGUCUUCAACAGCCUUCGUCCCCUUCUCCGAACCACCCUACGUCCUCGGCUUACCUUCACCAUACUACAAGGAAACACAUCUAAGAUGGCAAAAGGCGUGUCGGGAGUUUGUGGACAAGCAUUUGCUGGAGCAUGCGCUGGAAUGGGACACGGCGGAAACGGUACCUGAGCAUGUCUUCGAAACGUUUGCGAAGAACGGCAUGCUGCUUCCGACUCUCCCGGCGCCUUUGCCAGUGGAGUGGUUGAAGAAGCUGGGUAUACAUGAUAUCCUUGGUGUCGUCAAGGUCGAGGAGUGGGAUUAUAUUCAUACUAUGAUCUACGCUGACGAGAUGGCACGAACUGGUCUCGCAGGCCCCUCAGGUUCCCUCACUACCGGUAUAUCGUUUGGCGUUCCGCCCAUCAUCAAGUUCGGCAACAAGCAACUACAAGAGCGCUUCCUCCCUGAGCUUUUGACGGGCAAGAAGAGGACUUGCAUUGCGAUUACCGAGCCCGAAGCUGGUUCAGAUGUCGCGAAUAUUACUACUACGGCUGUGAAGACGCCAGAUGGGAAACACUAUAUUGUCAAUGGCACGAAGAAGUGGAUUACCAAUGGUAUCUGGUCGGAAUACUCGUCCAUGGCUGUACGAACGGGUGGACCAGGACCCUCUGGAUUGUCGAUGCUGGUGGUGCCAUUGAAGGGGUACCCAGGGGUUAAUAUGAGAAGAUUGAAGGUUGGCGGACAGGUUUCUGCAGGAACGACGUUCAUCGAGCUCGACGACGUCAAGGUUCCGGUUGAGAAUCUGAUUGGCGAAGAGGGCUUAGGCAUGAAGUACAUCAUGACAAACUUCAACCACGAGCGGCUCACAAUCGCCAUCGGCGCAACCCGCCAAGCCCGCGUCGCCCUCAGCGCAGCCAUGGAAUACGUCCUGAAGCGCGAAGCUUUUGGCAAGCCGCUCGUCGAUCAGCCCGUCGUGCGGCACCGCCUUGCAAAAGCUGGCGCCCUGCUAGAGAGCCAAUGGGCCUGGGUAGAGCAGUUUGUCUAUCAGAUGACAAAGCUACCCAAAGCGACAGCGGAUAUUGAGCUAGGUGGAUUGACAGCCAUGGUGAAGGCGCAGAGUGGCAUUGUGCUGAAUGAAUGUGCACAGACUGCACAAUUACUAUUUGGCGGGAAUGGGUAUACGAAGAGUGGGCAGGGCGAGUUGGUUGAGCGUAUCUACCGUGAAGUCCCUGGAGUUAGGAUACCGGGUGGUUCUGAGGACGUGAUGCUAGACCUGGGAGUGCGACAACUGGUCAAGAACUUCAAGAAUAAGACCAAGGCUUUGCAGAGGCCGUCGGGCUCGUCAAAGCUGUAAGCAGCUAAUGAGCUUCUUUUCGCUCAGAUAAAUAUCCCAUGUAUAUGUCCCUUGACAAAACUACCUUUUUAUUCAGGAGGUGCUUCCCGCACCUUUGAGAGUUCUUGUGUGAUCUUCAUAUUACCCUUUUCAGCAUUUUAACAUCCAACUAGUAGUAAGAGAAUGUAAUUACUACCAGACCCGG